AUGGUGGCUCAGUUUAAUAAAUGUGCUUAUGCUGCUACACGUGCUGAGUUUGAUAUUAGCAUGGAGAACUUUCGAAAAAAUGGAGGUCCGAGGGUGAAUAAUUUCUUGGUUGAUCUGCCAUAUGAAAACUGGGCUUGUUCACAUUUUAUUGGUCAGAGAUUUGGUGAGAUGACUUCAAAUUUAGCAGAGUCUUGGAAUUCGCAGAUUAGCAAAUAUCGUGGGUUACCAAUUACGGAGAUGAUAGAUGCCAUUAGGAGCUUGUUGAUGCUGCAGAUGUGCUUGAGGUAUGAUACGGCGGUGCCUUGGCACACUGAGUUGUGUCCUCUGGCAGAAGAACGUUAUGGUGCAUUGGUGCAGGAAGGUAGGACAUGGUUGCCUAGGAAAGCAUCUGAAUCGGUGUACGAGGUAUUGAGCGAACCUGUUGCCGUGGUUGACUUAUUGAACAGAUCCUGCUCAUGCCGAAUGUGGCAAAUUUCCGGCUUCCCAUGUGCUCAUGUUGCUUGCGUUUUAAACAAAGCGAACACGGAUGGAUACAAUUACGUGGACGACUACUUUCAUGUUUGGUCGUACAGACAAAGUUAUGCUAAAGCUAUUUUUCCAUUUGCUAGGCCUAUUGCGGAUCCGCCGUUGGCUGUGAUUGGGCCACCUGAGUUCCAGCCUAAACGUGGUAGACCAAAGACGAAAAGAAUUGCAUCUAGGGGUGAGAGCGUAGCGAGGAGGAUGAGGUGUAGUCGAUGCAACCAGGUUGGAUCCCACAACAAAAAGACGUGCACGAGGGCUAUUCAGUAG